AUACGAACUCUGAAAUUUGAUUCUCACAUGUGAGUCCCAGAGCCCAGGUAGUUAUUUCCUCUGUGCGACCAUUUUCCUAAAUAAAUUCAUUCUACUGUACUGAUCUGUGAUUCCCAGAGACCGGUCAUCUAUGAAGAACAUCUUCAAGAAGAAGCCUCACCACCCCAACCGAUCGAACGAGUCUCCUCAGCCUUCGUCUUCCUCUACCGUGCUCACCUCAUCAUCUUCCCCACCGUCUGCCCAUCAGCGCGAAUCUAGCACCUCUCAGCAUCCGCAGAGUCCUUCGACUGCCUCAUCUACUUCAGCUGCCGCCGCGCCAGUUGCCGCUGCAGGAGCGCCUGCUAUCAAUCCGCAACAUGACUACUAUGCCUCCGAAGAGGAUUACCAGAUACAGCUUGCCUUAGCACUCAGUGUUUCCUCAUCCCACGCUGAGGAGCCUUCCUUUGACUCCGGCAAAGGUCAGAUCCUCGGUGGAGGGAGAUAUAGUGCUGAAUCUGCUCGUGAUAGGGAGGAAGCUGCUGCUGACUUUCUGUCGAGUCACUAUUGGGAUUACAGCAUUCUUGACUAUGAGGAAAAAGUUGUUGAUGGUUUCUAUGAUGUAUAUAGCCUCUUCACAAGUCCUGCAAGUCGGGGGAAAAUGCCGUCUCUUUCUGAACUUGAAACGAAUGGUGGAAGUUCUGACUUUGAAGUUGUGAUAGUGAAUCAGAAAAUUGACCCAUCAUUGGAGGAGCUUAUACAGAUUGCACAUUGCAUAGCAUUAGAUUCCCCCACAGAUCAGAUUGGUCUGCUAGUUCAGAGACUUGCUGAACUUGUAAUAGAACAAUUGGGUGGGCAGGUGAAGGAUGCAAAUAUCAUACUAACUAGAUGGAUGGAAAGAAGUAUGGAAUUGAGAACUUCUCUUCACACCAGUGUGCUGCCUAUAGGAUCCUUAAAUAUCGGGUUGUCACGUCAUCGUGCGUUGCUGUUCAAGGAUUACAGCAUUCUUGACUAUGAGGAAAAAGUUGUUGAUGGUUUCUAUGAUGUAUAUAGCCUCUUCACAAGUCCUGCAAGUCGGGGGAAAAUGCCGUCUCUUUCUGAACUUGAAACGAAUGGUGGAAGUUCUGACUUUGAAGUUGUGAUAGUGAAUCAGAAAAUUGACCCAUCAUUGGAGGAGCUUAUACAGAUUGCACAUUGCAUAGCAUUAGAUUCCCCCACAGAUCAGAUUGGUCUGCUAGUUCAGAGACUUGCUGAACUUGUAAUAGAACAAUUGGGUGGGCAGGUGAAGGAUGCAAAUAUCAUACUAACUAGAUGGAUGGAAAGAAGUAUGGAAUUGAGAACUUCUCUUCACACCAGUGUGCUGCCUAUAGGAUCCUUAAAUAUCGGGUUGUCACGUCAUCGUGCGUUGCUGUUCAAGGAUUACAGCAUUCUUGACUAUGAGGAAAAAGUUGUUGAUGGUUUCUAUGAUGUAUAUAGCCUCUUCACAAGUCCUGCAAGUCGGGGGAAAAUGCCGUCUCUUUCUGAACUUGAAACGAAUGGUGGAAGUUCUGACUUUGAAGUUGUGAUAGUGAAUCAGAAAAUUGACCCAUCAUUGGAGGAGCUUAUACAGAUUGCACAUUGCAUAGCAUUAGAUUCCCCCACAGAUCAGAUUGGUCUGCUAGUUCAGAGACUUGCUGAACUUGUAAUAGAACAAUUGGGUGGGCAGGUGAAGGAUGCAAAUAUCAUACUAACUAGAUGGAUGGAAAGAAGUAUGGAAUUGAGAACUUCUCUUCACACCAGUGUGCUGCCUAUAGGAUCCUUAAAUAUCGGGUUGUCACGUCAUCGUGCGUUGCUGUUCAAGGUUUUGGCUGACCAUGUUGGGAUUCCUUGUAGACUAGUUAAAGGUUACACAGGUGUUGAGGAUGAUGCUAUCAACAUAAUAAAGCUACCAAAUGGGAGUGAGUUUUUGGUUGAUCUCAUGGGUGCACCCGGGACACUUAUACCAGCUGAAGUUCUAGGUGCAAAGGAUACUUGUUUCAAGCCAUAUAAUAAGCUUCCCAAUGCCCGCUCAACCAGUGGCUCCAGGCUCGACUCCUUGGAUGAUAGAAAAUAUGCUACUGGACAUGAUAUUUUAACUGUCACGAGACCAGUAAGGCCAGAAUCAAAUCCAUUGUUUUCCGAGGCAAGUGUUGGUGCAGGUUCACCAGGAUUAAGUAGUAAAGGUUCUCCUUCUCACCAGUUGGAUCAAAUCACAUCAUUGGUGAUUGGGAAGUCCCUAUACAAGGGAGGUCGUGGACCUAAUGUUGCUAGUGACGGUUCAAGGGUGAAUGUGAAUGUUCCACAUAGUGAUGACCCAAAAAAUCUUUUUGCUGAUCUCAACCCCUUUCAAAUAAAAGGGUCUGGCGUGGUUCAGAAUAACCCUUCUAGAACCGCAGGCAGUCGGGUGCAGUUUUCAAAAAAUGUCGCAGGCAAGCCUCCUGUCCCUAUGAAUUGGAAAAAUCGCUAUGCAUGCAAUGAAGUUCCAGAUGUUUUGCCAAAGAUCAAACUUGAUGCAAACAAUUAUAAUGCAUCAACAGUGGCUUCUUCCACCUCAGCUGUACAGCAGAAAGUUUUAUUUGAUACCCCUCCGAUGUUGGCAACUCAUUUUGAAUUUAGGAAGUCUUCUGUUGAAAACAACCAGAGAAGUGAUCUUGAGCAACCAUAUCAAAUGGAUGGGGACCUCCUGGAAAGUAAUGAUGCAGACACAACCAGAGCUCAUUUUCAGGAAGUCACUCUGCAGAAUAACAGCAGAAAGAUCACCCAACAUAAGUUCACUGGAACAGAUUUGAAAUUUAAGGAGCCAGUACACUCAAACACUUCAACAGGAUUAAGCUUAUCCCAGAUUAAUCAAGUAUUGGAUGAUGUGAAUGAAUGUGAAAUUCCAUGGGAAGAUCUUGUUCUUGGCGAAAGGAUUGGACUAGGUUCAUAUGGAGAGGUAUACCGCGCUGAUUGGAAUGGCACUGAGGUUGCUGUCAAGAAGUUCCUUGACCAGGAUUUCUCGGGUGCUGCUUUGGCUGAGUUUAAAAGAGAAGUGCGGAUAAUGCAACGUCUAAGACAUCCAAAUGUAGUUCUUUUCAUGGGUGCAGUAACCAGACCUCCAAAUCUUUCGAUCAUCACUGAGUUUCUUCCUCGUGGAAGCUUGUUCCGGAUAAUUCAUCGUCCUCACUCUCAAAUAGAUGAGAAGCGCAGAAUCAAAAUGGCUCUUGAUGUGGCAAUGGGCAUGAAUUGCUUGCAUACAAGCACACCAACUAUUGUUCAUCGUGAUCUGAAGUCCCCGAAUCUAUUGGUAGAUAAUGAUUGGAAUGUCAAGGUGUGUGACUUUGGCUUGUCACGCUUAAAGCAUAACACUUUCCUGUCAUCCAAGUCAACUGCAGGAACACCCGAGUGGAUGGCGCCAGAAGUUCUACGUAAUGAACCUUCAAAUGAAAAGUGUGAUGUUUAUAGCUUUGGUGUUAUUCUCUGGGAGCUUGCGACUAUGAGAUUACCAUGGAGUGGGAUGAACCCUAUGCAAGUUGUAGGUGCAGUUGGUUUCCAAAAUCGGCGUCUUGAAAUCCCCAAAGAACUUGACCCUCAUGUGGCUAGGAUAAUAUGGGAAUGUUGGCAAAUGGAUCCAAAUUUACGGCCAUCAUUUGCAGAAUUAAGUGUGGCAUUAAGACCGUUGCAGCACCUUGUCCUUCCUUCUUC